GCCCGUGUUGUACUGACAGACUAUACGGGCUUAGCAGAUAUGGAGGCCCGAUUAAUGACCUAGGCCCAUUCCGACACGCCUCGGCUCAGCUAACGUUGUCUUGGAGAAGAGUUCAGUCGUGUUUGGAGAUAUCAAGGAUACCAAUUGCUCAGUGGGGCAUAUACUGUGGCGACCAUGUUGAUACAUACGAAGGGGGGAUUUCGAUCCACAUAAUGUGAACACUGUUAUUGGAAUCCUUCGGAGCUUGAAGGACGGAGAAAGAGGGCUGGGCAUUCAGGAAGGGAGAAAAGACACAGAGCAAGGAUUGCUUUUUAUCUUCCCCAAUAUCCCCAUCCCCCUUCACCCCUAUCCUGUCUCUUCCUGGACCACGGCCUUUCCCUAGAAACUGUACCUGGCGUCCAAAACAUCCCUCCCUAGUCACCCCUCACCCCCUAAAUCUCUGAUGGAUCAGAGGACUCAAGGGGGGCCUGCUACUCCACCCGCCCUCCCCAUCACUGCUCCCCCAGGGGAGCGAGAGAAGGAAGGAGGGGGUGGGAAGAAAGAUGACGAGGAGGAGAGAGAGGGGUCGCAGAAAGACUCCUCUUCUGCUGCAGGUGGAGGAGAGGGCUCCAGUGACCAGCAGCAGUCCCCCCAGUUCUCUGUCAAAGAGACUAGCCUCCAUGAGGGCAACGUCAAACUCAAGAUUGGCCUGCAGGCCAAACGCAUGAAGAAGCCGCCCAAGAUCCUGGAGAACUACGUGUGUCGGCCGGCCUUCAGGGCCACCGUGAGACCCAGUGGGCGCGGAGGUGGCCGGGGGAGCCGCGGAGGAGUAGGGGCAGGCGACGGGGGCAACCAGACCCAGAGCCCAACACACGGCAGGGAGAGAGAGCAGUGUCCUGGCAUGAAACGACCCACCCCACCGUCUUCAUCUCUCUCUGCUGUUGCUGCCCACACUCCUCCUCCACCUGUUCCUUCUCCUUCCACCAAAUCACCCAGUCCAGUGAAUGGGAGUGCUUCAGCUAAACGGGGUCCUUCAAAACUGGCCAGCAAGUCAGACAAGUCGGAGGCAAAGUCGGAUGGGAAAUCCGCCACCUCGACGGAGAGACCCCUGAAUCUUCACCGCCUUUCUGCAGACAGCAAAACGCACCAUGCCUCUGGGAAGAAGAUGCCCAUGCCCCAAACCAAGUCUCCGACCUCCUCGCCCUCCUCUCCUGCGCCCCCAUCACAGGAACCCAGCGUGGAAGGCGCUACCAAUCCUCCUGCGUACACCUACAGCAGUGAGGGUCUGGAGGAGAAGGACCAGGGUGUUCCUAGUUGGGGCGCUCCAACUGUCACUGAGAAACUAGCGCAACUCAUCGCCACCUGCCCUCCUUCAAAGUCCACCAAGGUGAAACCCCCCAAAACAACUCCCUCUCCCACCACCCACACCACUUCUAACUUUAUGGCCCCCACCCCAAAGCAGCGAGACCGCGCUAUGGUCAACAGGGCAACCUAUUCUAGAGCGGUCCACCUAGCUCCACCCCCUCCUGUCUCGCGCCCUCCUGGCCGCCCCUAUGGCUCCCGGAACAAUAAAGACAGUGUUUCGGAGAAGUCACCCACCCCGCCUGGGAAAGAGGAGGCGGAUGGGGCCGGCAAGUCUGGCAGCAGUAACAACAGCAGUCGCAGCAGCAGCCCCGUGCUAACAUACGGCGGCGGCAACACCCGCCUGGCAACAACUUCAAAGGACAACAACGACAGCAACAGUAAAGGCGCGAAGCCACUACAGUCACGUCUCACUCACUGCCCACCGCCCCACUCCGCCGCCUCCUCUUCCUCCUCACCACCUUAUUUGUCAUCCUGCUCCUCAUCAGAGAAGAGGACGGGCAGCCUGUCAUGUCGCCAGGGCUCCCCAGCCUCUCAAGGACACCACUCCAAAGACCGAGACAGUCCCUCCCAGGCAGAGGAGAGGGAGAGCAGUGAGAGGGAGCAUGAGCGUGACCGGCACGGCACCAGAGACUUAUCCAAAUGCCCCCCUCCUUCAGCAUCCGGCAAGCAGGAGGCCAAGGACAAGGGGGCUAAUCAGUCACUCAGAGUGGAGAGAAGCAAGAGCUCGAGCCCCGCUAAACGCAGUCCCAACGGGGAAAGGGACGGUCGCACCAGCGGGAUCUCCAGUCCUCCGGAGUCUAUGAGACGGACUGCCUCGCCGCCAGAGCCCACCGGCGACCGUUUACCCCCUCCUCUCAGAGACGAGUCCCCUGGAGAUGAGUCACCGGGCUCGCCUCCAGAGCAGGACAACAAACCCCUGAAGAAGCGGCGAGGCAGAAAGCCCCGCUGGACCAGAGUAGUGAACCGGACACAGAGGGCGGGCCAGGGCAGCCCAGUUGACCAGCACGAAACCAUCGUGCCUUUAUCCUCAGGCCUUGAUACUCCCCCACCUAUACGCAGGCCUGUAGGACGGCCUCCUAACCCCAAUAAGGUCAAGCCUCCCGCCAUGUCUCAACUCUUUCCACAGCCAGCCAGGAAAAGGGGACGGCCCAAGUCUAAAAUGCCCAGGCUGGAUGCCCCCACUCGGGGACGUCCCCCUCACAAACUGGCCCCCUCCAAAGUAUUUUCUUUACACAAGUCGAAAGAGGAGCAGGACCCCCCUGUUCUCCACCCAGAGGUGGACCUGAAUCCUCCCAAACCAAUGCCCAGGAAGCGGGGGCGACCCAAACGCCUGCCCCCCACCUUGCCGCAGGAGGGUCAGCCCCCCACUCUGGCACCUGAAGCGGGGGAUGGGAAACAGUUCCGGACCAAGGGCAACGGGCAGCUCAUCAUGAAGACCAUCAUAGGCAAGAUCAAUAAGAUGAAGAGUGUCAAACGCAAACGGUUCCUUAGCCAGAUCCUAUUGGGACCAGGGUCUGGAUCAGAGCAGGAGCCCCCCAGAGGAACUGCCAGUGUGGUGGUGGGCCAGGUAGCAGCUGCAACCCAGUCUCUAUCCUCCUUGGCUGCUUCUUUCGGUGGCAAACUGGGACCCCAGAUCAACGUAAGCAAAAAGGGGACAAUAUACAUGGGGAAAAGGAGGGGGCGCAAACCUAAGGUGUCAACAAACCCCUCGUUGGCAGCUCCAACGCCACCCCCGGAGGGGCCUUUCCUGUCCCCAAACACCGCAUCGCCCCUCCACCACCAUCAGUCUCAGCAGCAGCACCAGCUCCCCUCUGCCGAGGUGUUCCCCUCCCCCUCGCUCUCCCAGUCCAGUGGAGGCCAGAGCCCCAUCAGUGAUGCCUGCUUUGUGGAGCCGGGGGCAGUGCACUUCCUGACGCACCCGCACUUCCACCCCCACCACGGCCACCACUCGUUCCCCUUCCCUCCCCCGACGUUCUCAGCCCCCUCCCCUCGCACUCUGGGCACUCUGGGCUCCUCGGCUGCCGUGGCCUCCCAGAAGAAGUCGUGCCGUGGCUACCAUCACCACCACCACCAUUACAGGCAGCACUACCACUACCGUAAGCUAUCCCCUCCCAGGCCUCUCCACCCCACAUCCCCUGCACCUCUGAGUGAACUGAAGGAAGCCACCCCCUCACCCGUCAGUGAGUCUCACAGUGAGGAGACUGUACCCAGCGACAGUGGCAUAGGAACAGACAACAACAGCACUUCUGACCGGGGGGAGAAGGCCUGCGGUGCGGGGAUGCAACCUGGGAUGGCCAGCGGGCUGCUAAUGCCGGGAGUGAUGGGCUCAGCUGUGGGGGUUGGAGUUGGGCUGAACCCUCACGGUGGACUAAGACACUCGUCCUCAGUGCUGCUGGAACACCCCUCACCCUCUCCGUCACCGCUGGGGGUGAGGACCUCACCCGACCCCCGCAGGCCCCACCCGGCAGCCCCUCCCACCACACUAGUGGGCCACAAAGAGAAACACAAGCACAAAUGCAAGCGCCGGAGCCACGGCUGUCCAGGCUACGACAAGCUAAAGAGGCAGAAGCGCAAACGCAAGAAGAAGUACCUGCAGCUGCGCUCCCGGCGGCAGGACCCCGACUUCUUGGCCGAGCUGGAUGAGAUUGUGUUGAGGCUGAGUGAGAUCCGGAUAGCGCACCGCACCCCCGUGCUCAGACUGGGCAGUGGGCUGGGGAUGCCCCCGGGAGCUGCGGGGGCGAUCAGAGUACCAGGGCCGGGUGGCAGGGCCGCUGGGACCAUGGGAGGUGCUGGUGGCCCCCCUCCUCAUCACUACCUGCACAGAGACCUGCUCCCCACCAUCUUCAGGAUCAACUUCAGUGGCUACUACUCCCCCCACCCAUCGUACCCCUGUGACUCUCUGCACUACGUCCGCAAGCCAGACCUGAAGAAGAAACGCGGGCGCCCUCCCAAGCUGCGAGAGUCCAUGUCAGAUGUACCCUUUGUUCACGGGCUGGGGUUCCCGCUAUCUAGCGGUGGGUUCUACCACCCGUCCUACAGUGUUCCCUACUCCUCUGGUCCCCUUGGUCUGGGCUACUAUAGAGGAUACCCCCCAGCCAGCGCCCUAUACCCCCAUCACCAGAACCCCCAUUCUGCCCCGUCCCACCUCUCCCAUCACUCCCCCUCCUUCCACCCGCCGCCUCCCCCCUCCUACGUGCACCACCACCACCCGUCACACCUCCUGCUCAACCCCUCCAAAUUUCACAAAAAGAAACACAAGCUGCUGAGGCAGGAGUUCCUGGGUGGGGGCCGGUCUCCCGUGCUCUACCCGGCUAUGUCAUCAGAGCUGUCGUUCGGCUGGCAUCACAAACACAAACACAGACACAAACACAGAGAGCGCUGCGCCGAGGAGGACGGGGAAGAGGGAGUAGGAGGGAGCCGAGUCGGAGUGGGAAUGACCGAGAGCCCGGGGUCGGGAAGAGGAGAACGCGGAGCCAGCGGCGCUGGAAUGGCCGAAUCUCUGCAGCGUUGCCGCUUCGGAAGAGACUCUACCCCUACUACCACCAUUGCCAACAAACAGGCCACGGCCAACUCCCCUUCCUCGUCCUCCUCUUCCUCAGCCGAGAGGUACAAGCGCAAGGAGACAUCCCUGUCCUGCCUGGGGCCCUCUCGCCUGGCCCAGGGCAGUGCCGGGCCCCGGGGCCACCACCCCGUAGAGUCCUGGUUCAGGAUGGGCAGCUCCGAGGCAGACUACGCUAAGCUCUCCCGGAACCCCGCGGGGGCCGACCAGGGCCCGUUCGCAGACGGCCAGGGAGAGGACCCGGUGGGCUGUUCAGACAGUGAGGAGGAGGAGCCCCUCACGCCCACAGACGAGAUGGACCCCAACUCCCAGGACCCCCCGCACCACACCAACCUGUUCGCCACCGCCCUGACCCGCACCUCGCUGAGGGGUGGCGGUGGCAGGAAGGGAGGGCCGGUGGAGAGUGCUAACUUCUCCCGGAUGGAGCUGAUGCUGAGAAAGGACCACUCCACGUCAGCAGAGAGGAGAGAGAUGGGGAAUACAUCAGGUGUCCAGACCCGAGGCGACCACUCUGCCCCUGAGGACCACCUCAUGCAGCACCAUCACCACCACCCUCUGUUCCACUCCCAUUCUUCCUCCUCUGCCUGCCUCUCCCUCUGCGGCCACGACUCGCCCUCCCAGGGCUGCUGCCUGGACAAUGAUGCCUCCCCGCCACACCACUCCCACCGGGCCCAGCCCUCCAAACACAGCCUGCACCACGUCAACAAGAUCCUCCGCGCCAAGAAGCUCCAGAGACAGGCGAGAACAGGCAACAACGUGGUCAAGAAGAGGGGCCCCGGGCGCCCCAGGAAGCAUCCCCUACCCUCCCCGCCCCCAUCGCCACCCCCUCCGGCCGAAGUGACCCAGAACAGGCACCGGGACCGAGCAGGGUCAGGGGAAGGAGCGUGGAAAGAGGACACGGUGACAGACGCGAUUGAGUCAGUGGUCCAGGGCCAGCGCAGGAAAGGCCAGAAGAGGAAGCACUGGGAGAGAGAUGGGGACGAGGAGGAGGAGGAGGGAGGGGAGGGGGAGGAGGUGGGGGAGGGUGAGGAGGUGGAGGAACGUGCGCUGGACAGGGAGGUGAACCUGGGAGGCCUGGGGAUGAGGUCCAGAGCCGGGGGAGGAAGAGGCUGGCUCACCCAAGAGGAGCUGCACCGCUUUCGCAGUGCUCUGGAGGGGAAACCAGAUGGCCCCUCCUCCCCGGAACGUCCGGGCACCGUCUCCAUGGAACAAGCUCCACCCAUGCCUAUAACCAGCCAACGGGAGAAGAGAGCAGCCAGGCCUCCAAAGAAAAAGUACCAAAAGGCGGGGCUCUACUCUGAUGUGUACAAGACUGCAGAUCCUCGUAGUCAGCUCCUGCAACUGAAGAAAGAGAAACUGGAGUACACACCUGGGGAACACGAGUACGGGCUUUUUCCUGCCCCCAUCCAUGUCGGAAAGUACCUAAGACAGAAGCGCAUUGAUUUCCAGUUGCCUUAUGACAUCUUGUGGCUGUGGAAACAUGACCAGCUCUAUGAGAAGCCUGACGUCCCCCUUUAUAAAAAGAUCAGAUCAAAUGUCUAUGUGGAUGUGAAGCCUGUCUCGGGUUAUGAAGCCACCACCUGUAACUGCAGGCCUUCCGGGGAAGCCGUUGACAGAGGCUGCCUUGACGAAUGCCUCAACAGGAUGAGCUUUGCCGAGUGCUCCCCCGGCACCUGUCCCUUCGGGGAGCAGUGUGACAACCAGCACAUCCAGAGGCAUGAGUGGGUGCAGUGCCUGGAGCGCUUCCGUGCUGAGGGCAAGGGUUGGGGCAUCCGCACCAAGGAGCCCCUCCGCUCAGGCCAGUUCAUCAUCGAGUACCUGGGAGAGGUCGUCAGCGAGCACGAGUUCAGAAGUCGCAUGAUGGAGCAGUACUUCGCCCACAGCGGCCAAUACUGUCUGAACCUGGACAGCGGCAUGGUGAUCGACAGCUACCGGAUGGGCAACGAGGCCCGCUUCAUCAACCACAGCUGUGAACCCAACUGUGAGAUGCAGAAGUGGUCGGUGAAUGGGGUGUACAGGAUCGGCCUCUUCGCCCUCAAGGACAUGAGCAGCGGCACGGAGCUCACCUACGACUACAACUUCCACUCCUUCAACACCGAAGAGCAGCAAGUGUGUAAGUGUGGCUCAGAGGGCUGCCGUGGCAUCAUUGGCGGGAAGAGUCAGCGAAUCAACGGGAUGCCUGGGAAGACAGGCGGGGCACGGCGGCUGGGUCGACUCAAGGAGAAACGCAAGUCCAAGCACCAGCUGAAAAAACGAGUGCGUGAGGAGGAGUCAAGUGACAGCAGCAAGUUUUACCCCCACCUUCUCAUGAAACCCAUGUCCAACAGAGAGAGGAACUUUGUGCUGAAACACCGGGUGUUCCUGCUGAGGAACUGGGAAAAGAUGAGGGAGAAGCAGGAGCUGCUGAAGAGGGAGGGCGAAAGGGAGGCCAGCGGCGGCCUGUCCAUCUACACACGCUGGGGAGGAGUCAUCCGCGACGAUGGAAACAUCAAGUCAGACGUGUUCCUGACACAGUUCUCGGCGCUGCAGACGUCCCGGUCGGUGCGCACGCGGAGGUUGGCGGCAGCCGAGGAGAACACGGAGGUCACCCGCACCGCCCGCCUGGCGCACAUCUUCAAAGAGAUCUGUGAUAUGAUCACCAGCUACAAGGACUCAGCUGGUCAGACCCUUGCUGCGCCACUGGUCAACCUACCUUCAAGAAAGCGGAACACGCAGUACUAUGAGAAGGUGUCGGACCCGCUGGACCUGAGCACCAUUGAGAAGCAGAUCACCACUGGGCACUACAAGACCGUGGAGGCCUUCGACACGGACAUGCUCAAAGUGUUCCGCAAUGCAGAGAAAUACUACGGGCGGAAGUCGUCGGUGGGGAGGGACGUGUGCCGGCUGAGGAAGGCCUACUAUGGCGCUCGCCACGAGGCCGCUGUCCAGAUCGACGAGAUCGUUGGGGAGACAGCCAGCGAAGCGGACAGCUCGGAUUCGCUGGAGCGAGACCACGCCCAUCAUCACCAUCUCCACCACGGAGGGGGCUGGCCGGGCUCCCACGACAAGGACGAUGACAUCAUCCGCUGCAUCUGCGGCAUGUACAAAGACGAGGGCCUGAUGAUCCAGUGUGAGAAGUGCAUGGUGUGGCAGCAUUUUGACUGCAUGCGGCUUGAGGCAGAGGUGGAACACUACCUGUGUGAGCAGUGUGACCCCCGACCUGUGGACAGGGAGGUGCCAAUGCUGCCCCAGCCCAGCUACGCCCAGUCUGGCUCUAUCUACUACAUCUGUCUGCUGCGAGACGAACUGCUGCUGCACCAAGGUGACUGUGUGUACCUGAUGAGGGACAGCAGACGCACCCCAGAGGGCCAGCCAGUCAGGCAGUCCUACCGCCUCCUGUCCCAUGUCAACAGGGAUAAGCUGGACAUCUUCCGCAUCGAGAAACUCUGGAAGAGUGAAAAGGGUGAGAGGUUUGCCUUUGGCCACCAUUACUUCAGGCCCCACGAGACACACCACUCGCCCUCGCGCCGCUUCUACCACAACGAGCUGUUCCGCGUGCCACUCUACGAGAUCAUCCCUCUCGAGGCCGUGGUUGGGACCUGCUGCGUCCUCGACCUCUACACUUACUGCAAGGGACGGCCGAAGGGAGUGAAGGAGCAGGACGUGUACAUCUGUGACUACCGCCUGGACAAGUCAGCGCACCUCUUCUACAAGAUCCACCGAAACCGCUUCCCUGUGUGCACUAAGCCCUACGCCUUCAACCACUUCCCCAAGAGGCUGGCCCCCAAGAGAGACUUCUCGCCGCACUACGUUCCCGACAACUACAAGAGGAACGGGGGGCGUUCGGCCUGGAAGAGCGAGCGGCCCAAAGGAGUUGGAGGAGCCUGUGAGGACGAUGCCUCCCCAUGCGACCAGGGUGACGACUUCCGUUUGGAGAGUGAAAACGGAAGAGGGGUGGAGGGGGACAUGGAUGCUCCCCAUGAAGAAACCACACUCCCUACCGCUGCCCAACCCCCGCGACCAAAUGGGCCCGUGGAGGGAGAAGAGGAGGAAGAGGAAGGGGGGCAAGCGGUAGAGGAGCAUAGGGAGCUAGAGGAAGGUGCAGCAGAGAGAGGAGUUGACAUGCUGGAGCUCCUCCCAUCCUCCUCCAUGUCUUCCUCACCCCUCCAUCACUCCGGACUGGGCAGGAGGGAGGCGCAAAGGGAUCGGCUAAACAAGAUUCUGCUGGAUCUGCUACACAGAACACCCAAUAAGAACGCCAUAGAUGUCACUUAUCUUCUAGAGGAGGGGUCAGGGCGGAGAUUACGUAGACGGACGCUUGGAUUUGGAGACUUUGUGGGUAGAAAAUGAUGUUGCCACUUACCUGGCAAGCACAUUCCCCUUACAUUCACUUGGGAGAGGUGGGGGGAAAUGGAAAGCUGAGUAAGGGAAGAUGACAUUUGCAAAGAGAAAGUGACCACAAAGGGCAAGGGUUGGUCCCCUUCCCGGGCCCCCCUUCAGGUGGUGUUCCCUCUUCCCCAACCUGUCAUCUCAAGUGAUGAGACAACCCAAUGAAUAAACGGUUUGAUGCAGUGCACUCAGCAGUCGUAAUCAUUGGUAACGGUUUUGUAGGGGACACAAGGACUUCUUCUCAGGAGGGUGGACCCAGACUUAUUGAAGUACGAUGCAAACGCAUUUUUUUUUUUACAUAGGAAAAUGUACCCCAUGCACUUAAAAAUGCGCAUUGAACAAAUAUGAAUCAAAGACAGCCCUGGUUACUCGGGACGUAGAGACUAUUACACAGGUGUCACAUUAUCCAUACACACAUCAGUGCAAACUUGAGUCAAUUAUUUUUAGUGAGCAAAAGAAAGGAACAACAUGUGGUACUGAACAUGGCUGUGGCAUACAGCCAUAGACUCAAAUAUACUUCUUUUUUUAACGACAUCAAAUGGGAAUGAGGAGGCUGGAGACUGGCGUCCCCUAGUGGGACUAAGUGGUGAUGACAAACUAAACGUUGGCCACAAGAGACCUAAAUGUACGAGGACUAUGAUAAAAAAGAGGCAUAGGAGUGACAUAGGAGGCUAUGCAGUGGACUGUAUGAGCAACUUGUAAGCAUACACUGCUGACGAUGAACUAGGAGAGAAGCUGCAGGGAACGAGGUUGGUCAACUGCACUUUGGUACCAUGGAUAUCGUUGGCUCUCUAAUGUAUCAACGAGACACACUAACACUCUCACACGGUAUUGGAUGAUGCAGUCUGCAAAGCAAGUUAAUAAUAAAUAUAUCUUUUUUUUCUGUCAUACUGUAGUAAUUCAUUUAGGAACAGAGAAGGAACGACAGGGGAUUGUGUUUGUAAAGAAUAGCUGUGCGCUUUUGGUCAGUCAAGUGUCUUGUUGGGUUUGUGAGGCAGUCCGCUUCGCCCCCCUCUUCUGAAGUACCUGAUUCACCAGCUUAACUAAGUCAGGCGGCGGAACACUGACUCUUACUGUAACGCCUUAGAACGCCGUGGUCCCUGACUGCCUUGCGUGAGUGUAUGCACAUUUGUGUGUCUAUAAUCUGCCAGAAUUCUUGAAAAAAAAAAAAUGAAAAAAAAUUAAGGGCUUGAUGGCAAUUAACAUUUUAUGGGAAAUUAUGGAAACCAUAGGUAACGUAAAAUGUAUUGUGAUGGUCAUAUUUUCAUAUAUUCUGUGAAAAGGGGUGUCUGUUGGGAGGGAGGGGACUCUAGCUGUACAUGUUUUCAAAUGUGUUUCUGGUUGCCAUGGAGAAUAUUUUAAAUCAUUUGUGAGAUUUGAUGAGAUUUAUUUUUUCCAAAUGCUUCUGUUUAAAAUGAGACUUUGAUCGAGAUGUCCCAUUUAAGAUGGACUGGCAUAGAGAUGGAGAGAGUAAGAAAACGGGACAGAAAGAGGACAGAAAGUUGUACAGUGCCAAGUUAUGUAUAUACAGACUGGGAUUAUGUGAGAAGUGUCUCCAAAAGCAAUAUCUUGAUAACGGAUUUUGUCUAUUAUUGUAUUGUACAGGACUCAGCCCCAUAUGUAUUAUAAUUAUUAUUUCUGCCAUUUUUGUAUUAGUAUAAUCGAGACACUUAAGCUUGAGGGAGAAGGAAGAGGUGUUUUUGUCCAGUAAAACGUACCACAACUGUCCUAAAUGAAUGACAUGAACUUAAACUGAAUUUUAGUUGCCUAGAAAUUAUACUGAACAAAAAUAUAAAUGCAACAUGCAACAAUUUCAAAGAUUUUACUGAGUUACAGUUCAUAUAAGGAAAUCAGUCAAUUGAAAUAAAUUCAUUAGGCCCCAAUCUAUGGAUUUCACCCGAUAAGCAUCUGUUGGGAAAAUAUACCUUUAAAAAAAAUGGGCCU